AUGUCUGAUACUGAAUUCACCCUCAACACCGGCGCUAAGAUCCCCGCUCUGGGUCUGGGAACAUGGCAAUCUGCUCCUGGUGAGGUCAAGAAUGCCGUCUCUCAUGCUCUCAAGGUCGGCUACAAGCACAUUGAUGCUGCAUACGUCUAUGGCAACGAGGAUGAAGUUGGUGAGGGUCUCGCCGAGGGCUUCAAGUCGGGCAUCAAGCGCGAAGAUGUUUUCCUCUGGUGUACCUACCACAGCAGAGUAGAGGAGAACUUGGACCUUAGUCUAAAAUCCCUGGGUCUUGAUUAUGUCGACCUGUAUCUCAUGCACUGGCCAGUCCCCAUGAACCCCAAAGGCAACGACCCGAAAUUCCCCAAACACCCCGACGGCAGCCGCGACCUCGACACCACCUGGUCCUACACCCAAACCUGGAAAGAAAUGGAAGCCGUCCUCGCAACCGGAAAGACAAGAGCCAUUGGAGUCGCAAACUUCUCUGUUCCCUUCCUCGAGGAACUGAUGAAGGAAGCCAAAGUCACUCCCGCAGCCAACCAGAUCGAAAACCACCCUUAUCUGCCUCAACAGGAGAUUGUGGAUUAUUGUAAAGACAAGGGAAUUUUGAUUACUGCGUAUAGUCCUUUGGGAAGUACUGGGUCGCCGCUGUUCCAGGAAAAGGAGAUUCAAGAGGUUGCGAAGAAGCAUGAUGUUUCGCCUGGAACAGUGUUGUUGAGUUAUCAUGUCGCUCGUGGAAGUUCCGUCAUCCCCAAAUCGGUGACGCCGUCGCGUAUCGAGGAGAACAUGAAGUUGAUCAAGCUCGACUCUGGCGAUGUGAAGGCGCUGGACAAUAUCGCAAAGACACAUCCUCCCAACCGCUUUGUGUACCCUGCCUUUGGCGUCAAUCUCGGAUUCCCUGAUAAGCAAUAG